UAUUUAUAAUAUGAUGUAUUUUUUUCGUACAAGUUGUCCAGUAUCCAAAAACAUUUUUAAGAAGACUUAUACCGUGAUUUGAAUAUAGCGCGUUUUGCACGCUUAGCAACAUACUAACACUAACUGUAGAGGGUUGUAAAAAAAAAGGUAGCAACAUACAUGUGUACAUAUUUUCAAAAUUAUAAACAAUUUUUCACUUUCUUUUGUAUUAGCUGAUAAAUAAAUAUUUAUCAAUGGCAAGGAUAUGUAACUGACAUUUCUCAGAUAAAGCUUAAUCUAAAUACAUAUGAAUGUGCAUGUACAUAAAUUAUACAGUAAUGGGACCUAUUCCGCACGCUUUUCUUAUUAAAGCUAGCUAGCUAGCCCUAAGCUAACACGCAUGUCUCCACCAUUUUACUACACAUUUAAUUCGCAGUAGAUCCUGUGUCAACAAUGAAUCAUUAGCCAAUCAGAGCAAAGAAAAUUUCUACAUCAAGUUCCACUAAGGAAUUAAGCUACGGCCUGAAAGUAUGCAGGAAUAGGUCCCAUUACUACGCAUAGGUGCUUCUAGAUUUCGUUAGAUGUACUAUUUGAGUAUACAUAACAUAUAUAUAAUAUAUAUAUGUGUGUAUAUAUACAUCUGUAAAACGUGUUACGAGUCAUGCAGUAUAUAUCACAUAGCUAUAUAAAAAUAAAUGCUGCUUUUCCAUUAGAAUUUUUUGUAUACUCUAAAUUUCUAUUUGCUUUAAACUAACACAGUUGAGUUGAAAAUAUUAAUACUGCAUUUGUUUUAUACCUAAUGUAAACUUGAGUCUUGUGUUGUCAAUGUCAUGUGCCAGAUCCUUGUAAAUGCUAUCAAUUUGAAUCAGUAGUGUAAAGCAAAUUUGUCAUAUCAAUUAUACAUUUAUCAAUCAUACAUUUAAUCUGACUCCUAAUACUUAUUUUUAGAUAAUUAAAAAUAUAGCAAGAAAAAUAAAUAAUUCAUAACAAGGCAAUAUUAUUAACUACAAAAAUGACAUAUACAAAUUUAUUAAAUCGGUUGAAUGAUUUAUGUCAUAGGGAACUCUCUACAAAGGAGGAUGCACCUGAAUAUAGGAGUACUGCUGAAACAACUAAUGAUGACUACAUACAGACACCUUAUUAAACGAUUUACAAAGUAUGGAAAUGUGCAAAAUUGCUUCUUAAUGAGAAAUGAAAGAAAAAGUAAUAUUGCUUUUGUUACUUUUGACACAGUGGAAUCAGCUCUAAGUGCUAGAGAUGAAAUAAUUCAACUGCAUAAUAAAUAUUUAAAAGUAGAACCAGCAGAUUCUUGGCAUCAACCAGAUAGUGUACCAUAUCGAUAUUAUAAUAAUGAUGGACAGAAAUCUGACGAAGAACAGUCAAGUGAACAAUACAAAGAAAACUUGGAUGAAAAUGACAUUACAAAGGAUAGCAUUCAAAUAUUAAAUGAUGAUUGUUUGAUACAUAUCUUUCAUCAAUUACCAAUUGUAGAUAGAAUUAGAGCAGAGAGAGUGUGUAAAAGGUGGAGAUCUUUAAUUCAAGGAUCAUGGAACAGUAUUAAAAAGCUGGAUCUUUUAUGUAAACCAUAUUCACUUUAUCAUAUGGUAACCAGUACAACUAUUCUUCGUAAAAUACUGUUGCGUUGUGGUCGAUAUUUAACUGAAAUCAACUUAUCAGAAACAAAAUAUUUAUUAAGACCAAGUACAUUAACAAUUGUUGCAAAACUGUGUCCCAAUUUAAAAAAUAUUGAUCUCACUGCCCUCACUGUUUGUUCAGCUGGAAUAAUUUCAUUAACAAACAGUUGUCAUAACAUUACAAAACUUAGUCUUAGACCAGCCACUUACAACUACCUAACAAACAAUGUGGAUAGAGCACCCAAUUACAACUAUGAUAGAGACUUACAAAAAUUAUUUGAAGUAAAUAAAACAUUACGAUAUGUUAAAAUAGUCAGUGGCCAAAUAUCUGGAAAUUGUUUAUUAUAUUUACCAGUAGAAACAAUAGAAGAAAUUGUUUUAGAUAAGUGUAUGCAUCUCCAGGAAAAAUGUUUAUCUCAGGUAUUUGAAAAACUACAGAAUCUAACAACUCUUACAUUUAUCAAUUGUUGUUAUGUUAAUAGUUCUUUUAAUAUAUUUAAAACUAUCAGUACGCACUGUACAAGACUGAAAACAUUAAAUUUCUUACAAGAUGAAGAUGUCAACUUUAUUUUCAAUGAUAGUUUACAUACUAUACAGCUGCCUAAUCUUGAAGCCUUAACAAUCAACAAGUAUACUGGUUGGUAUACGGUUGAUGUGAACGAAUUUCUUAGUUAUAUGGUAUCAAAAUGUCGGCAACUUACUUUCCUGAAUAUCACGGGAUGUGAAUGUGUCACAAAUGUCGGUAUAGCAGCCAUAGCAACGUUACCAAAAUUAGAAACAUUAAUAAUGAAUUAUAUGUAUGAUGUAACAGAUACUAGCAUGCAUAAUAUGUGUAAUUUGAAAAAAUUAGAAUGUCGUUCAUGCAAUUUCACAGAUACAACAAUUAUUGAACUUUUAGCUUCUGCACCCCAACUAGAAUUAUUGGAUUUAACGUCUUGUCGUAAAAUCACAAAUGCAACACUAAAGGAAGCUGCUAUAGUUACUGUAAAUAGACCUGACAAUAUACUCUUAAAAAUUUUUGUUGGAGACACUAGUGUAAACUUGAGUAACUUUAAGGAAGUCUCGCCGUUUUUACAAAUAGUCAAUGUUGUUUGAAUCAAUAUUUGUCUAAAGACAUAGUCAAAAUGUUUUUGCAUACAGUUUGUAAUAAAAUAAAAUGUCGUGUAAUGGUUUUAUAAUGCUAUGUGUCUUUUCCAAAAUAAAAUGUGACGUUUUUUUUCAAAAUUUGAAAAUAAUAAAAUCAUAUUUCAAUGUAGGAUAAAUUUAUUCUUUGCAUAAUUACAACAUUUAGACAGUAAAUCGAUACAACGGCAAUUAUUAUGCACAAAUUUGUAACAAGGAAUAUAUCCAUAUAUUUAUAAUAAGUGCCAGAAGUAAUCGUUUCAUUGACAGUUAAAAUUCACUGUUUCGUGAAUUUAGAUUUUUUAACUGUGUUGUUUUACAUUCGCUUUUCCUAAACAGAACUCCGAUAUUAAAAAUGAUAUCAGUUUACAGUAUAUAUCGUGAAAGUUGUGUCUUUAAUAAAUUGCGUUACACACAUCAUACAUUAGAUGUAUAAACAUAAUACGAAACAUCAGUUCUUGGGCGUCUUAUUCCGAAAUACAUCAGUGAGUGUAUGUACUCUCACUGUGCUUGCAAAGAUCACAAUAUGCUCGUAGUGCUAUCCGAUAUUUUUUAAGCCAAAUCGGGAAAGGCUGAACAACUAUAUUUGUUUUCUACAGAAAAAAAAUAUUUAUGCAACCAUGAAUAAGUAAAACUAAAAGUUAGAUUACAUAUAAUAUGUGUAAUGAAUAGAUGUACAUGUGCAAUGAAUAAUGAAGUUUACUUACAAUUCUCAA